AAUUAGAUUAAGUGGAUUUAUUCUGUGUCUGACUGGUGUUAGUGAAGGGGCUGAAACCCAUUUGACCCUGACCGUGUGGAAUUAUUGGUAUGGAGGAUUUGUUGCCGAGACUUGCUUUACCGCCCCUGCCGGUAUGGAUGGCUGGAUCGUGAACAUUCGCUUCGACCAAGAUGUUAAUUCACUUAACGUCUGGAGCGGUAUUCUCGAGAGCCAGAACGGCAAGCGUGAUUUCGUCAUCAAGGACAUCGACUACAACACAGUGGUAGCGGCUGGAUCACAGGUUUGUCCAGGCUUCCAAGGUUUUACCAACUAUAAUCUGCUGCCCACGGCCACAAUCACAUUUAUCCCAAAUUUGGGCACCAAGAAUGUCAAUCCAGUUUCUGAAACGACUACUGCAGCUUCAACAACUACGACUACUGUUACGCCAACGACAACAACAACUGUUUCUGCAACAAUAGCAACGACAACGACAGUUGCAACUACGGCAGUAACUGAAAAUAUUGUCACAGAUGAUACCACAGACAAUGUGUUCGACUAUGAUAGUGUGUUGGAAAAAUCUAUACUGUUCUUCGAGGCUCAGAGAUCGGGAGCCUUGCCUAGUGAUAAUCGCAUACCUUAUAGAAACGACUCAGCCCUUGAUGAUGUUGGAACAAAUGGUGAAGAUCUAACAGGUGGUUGGUAUGAUGCUGGAGAUUUUGUCAAAUUUAAUCUUCCUAUGGCGUCUGCCACAACUAUGUUGAUUUGGGGAUUGGAGAGAUUCGGAGAUGCUUAUAUGGCCGCUGAAGAACUGGAUAACAUGUACAAAUCCAUCAAAUGGCCACUGGAUUAUUUUUUAAAAUGUUGGAAUCCGGAUGCACAAGAAUAUUAUUAUCAGGUUGGGGAUCCAGAAGCAGAUCACAAUUAUUGGGGACGACCUGAAGAUAUGACGAUAUACCGUCCAGCAUAUAAACUCACCACAAGUGUUAAAGGAAGUGAUGUAGCAGGAGAAACAGCCGCUGCAUUGGCUGCUGGGUCAAUUGUCUUUCAACUUGAAGAUGCUGCCUAUUCCCAAACACUGCUGACUGAAGCUAUAAGUUUAUAUACCUAUGCUAAAACGUACACUGGUAUCUAUCCACUGACUGACUUCUACAAAUCUAGUGGUUAUCGUGAUGAACUGUGUGUAGCUGCUGUAUGGUUAUAUAAAGCUACUGGUGACAAUAACUAUUUAACAGAGGCUAAAUCUUAUUUCGAUAACUUCGUUCCUUGGGCACAGUCAUGGGAUGAAAAGGCACCCGCGUGUCAGUUGAUGUUAUUUGAAAUCACGCAAGAGGCAGUCUAUAAGAAUGCGAUAAUCGACUUCUUCAGUAGUUGGAUGUCAGGAGACGUACCUUAUACUACCUGUGGAUUGGCCUUCAGGGAUGAAUGGGGAUCCUUAAGAUAUGCAGCUAAUACAGCUUUUCUAGCCUUGUUGGCAGCUGACGAUGGUAUUAACCCCAACCAAUACAGAGAAUGGGCUAUAUCACAGAUUAACUAUAUACUAGGUGAUAAUAAACUAAACAUGAGUUAUGUCAUUGGCUACUCAAACAGUUAUCCCCUGCGUCCACAUCACGCCUCAAGCUCAUGUCCGCUAGAAGGUACCUGCGACUGGAGUAACUUUCAUUCUUCAGAUCCUAAUCCCCAGAUUCUAUACGGUGCCUUGGUUGGAGGACCAGAUAUAAAUGAUAGUUAUGUAGAUGAUAGGACAAGAUACGAGUUCAGUGAAGUGGCCUGUGAUUACAACGCUGGAUUACAAUCGGCAAUAGCAGGCAUUGUGAGUCUCCACGAGAGUGGUUCUUUACCAGCUGUUGCUUUAAGGGACUGUUAAAAGGUAUUUGGUGAAUAAACAUAUUUACGU